CGCAAUUACCGCAUCAUUCCUCUUUCCCCCCCCUCCUCCACCCGCGCUGCUUGGACCGGCUCUUCUACUUUUCACUCGUUAUCGAGCCUUACAGGACCCUCUGAUCUGGUUAAAUUAGGUCGCUUGACUUUGGUUUUUUUUUUUUUUCAUCAUGGCGCGUGGUGGUUCCACGAAGCCCCGCGACCUCGACUUCUCCAAUGUGGGAACUCAGGGAAGACGGACGGGUCUCACGAUGGAGGAAAGAGAGCGCGACGAGUAUGGAAUGGAAGAAGUAGAGGGUCUAUUCUCGUCUCCUGAGAGAUCGCCAGCGAAAUUAAAUGGAUUCUCUCACUCGGAUGACGACACUGCGAGCUCUGAGAUGUCCAUUGAAGACGGCAAUGCGCCGGGACCCAUGGAUUAUCUCGGCACUUCAAAUAACGCGCGCAAUGGUGUUCUGCCCCCGGCAUCUCAAUCCCCUGCGAAAUUCUCUCGAAGAUCCCCCGUCUUGCGAUCCUCACCAGAUGAUAGGGAAGAUCUUGUAGCGUCAAGCCCGUCGUAUGGCAGACGUCUGUCAUCUGCGCGAGGCGACCCAACCCCCUUGACCAAUCGCUCAGUGAAUGCAGGCGUGUCGAACAACAAGAGCGCCGCGCGGCAGAAUGGGAAGUCGCGACUGGUAGCCACAGAAGCGGCCGACUUUUCUGACGGCGAGGGUGAAGGUGACGAAAAUGCGGAUGCCUUUGCUCCCGGGGAGGACGAUUUCAGCGAUGGCUACGCCGAAGGCGAUGAAACUGUGAUGCCACUUGAGGAGGAAAAUGCAGAUGCUACGGCACAGAACCUAAGUGAACCGGAAGACGAGGUAUCACCAGCACCCGCAGCCUCUCGCCAAACAAAGACGACCGCAUCGAGUUCAAAAGCGCCCAAGAAGGGACCUGCGGCAAAGGCUACAAAGGCGACCAAGGCCCCCGCCAAAGCGACCGGGAAGCGACGUCAAAUUACGAAGCCCCAACAAGCUGCAGAGGACGAGGAGCCCGUUGAGGCUCGACCAACUAAAAAAGCAAAGACCACUGCUACCGAGCCCUUGGACCCGGAACUGGACCGAGUGGUCGAGAACUAUGCCCAGCGUUCGGGCCCAUUGAAGGGUCGCAGUCUAUAUAUUCUUAAGCGCGAAGACCCCAGCGCCAGCGAGACGACUCACACGCGCUCGGGACGAGUGUCUGUUCGCCCUCUGGCAUAUUGGCGCAACGAGCGCUGUGUGUUUGGCGAUGGAGAGGCCGCCGAGGGGCAACGAUACCCUCUCUCCACGAUCAAAGAGGUCAUUCGCACCGAGGAGCUUGAACCAGAUAGGCCGAAGAAGGGCAAGCGUGGUCGCAAGGGCAAGUCAAAGAAGCAAAAGGACGAGUCUUCUGAUGAGGAUGAAAUUGACGACGACGCGGAUCUUUGGGAGAAGGAAACCGGUGUCCUUCAUGGCUACGUUUCCAAAUGGGACCCUACGACGCAAACCAGCACAUCCGAGGAGGAAAUAAUAGAUAUUGCGUACGCACCGUCUGGCUUCGAGACAAGGGAAGUCAAAGGCGCAUCAUUCCGCUUCGCGAAACUGCUCAGCUCUUCCUUUAUUGGUUCUGGUGUCGUUGAGCUUCCACCAGAUGGUGUCAAAAAGCCCAAGAAUUCGAAGAGAAUGCACAUGGUGUUCUAUGUCUGUUAUGGCCGAGUACAAGUCGACAUUUGCGGUGUGCAAUUCAGUGCUGGCAAGGGAUCCGUGUUCCAAAUUCCACGAGGCAACUACUAUAGCUUCCAGAAUUCGCAUGACAAGAAUGCUCGACUUUUCUUCACCCAAUGCUGUCUUCCAGAGGGGAGUGAAAUGCCCGUGCAAUCUGAGACUGCAACGCAAAGCGAAUUUGAAGCCGAAAGCGGCCCAUCGGAGCCCCCAGCUGCAAAAGCUCGAGGUCGUCCCAAGGGCAAGCAAAAGGCCAAAUGAACGCUCUGAAAUCGCUGCUCUUCUUCUGCCGUUGCUUUGACUUUUGUGGCCAGCUGGAGCUGGUGAAUGUGCUAUGAUAUCCUUUCUAUCUGUCCUAUUACUCUAGCGGGUUGUAUUCUCUACCAUGGAUCCCUGGUUGUUGGUGUUUUGAGUUGCAGAUUUUAAUUGGGUUGUGAUAGUUGGUGAUGGACAGAAUGCACCGUCUUCUUCUAGUUAAUAUUCUUUCCUCCUGAUAAACUAGAUAGCGCGUGGCUGGCAAGUAGAUAGAUGCCAGGAUGUUCCGCGUCAAGGGCGAUUCUAUACUUAUUUGUUUACUGGUUUCGUAACAGCUCGACUAUGGCUUCACUGGACCAGUAUAGCCAAAAACAUCUUUCAAUAAUCACCAAGUUUGUCCAGCACAACGCCAAACAUCCCCAAACACAUACCCUCCACUCAAAUCUCCUCCAUCAACUCAUCCAUCUCAUCAUCCAGACCCAACGGCGGGAAAUCACCCACCUCAACCUUCUCAGGCUUAACAAAAGCACCACACUUCUCCAUACACUGAAAGUACCGACGACCACCCACGCUACCAUCAUUCUUCCCCGUCGGCUCAUCCAAUUCAAUACCCACCCAGAUAGGCUGCAACUCGACCGGAAGCUCGCCAUCUUUCUCAAGCUCACGGCCCGGACCGGUAAUCGGGAUAGUAGGCACGGGGCCCACGAAGCGGAUUGUCCCACGGCGGAUGUGCGGCGGGGAUGACGGGAGGAUGAUAGCCCGUUCGUCAACGGCAAUACCU